AUCCCCAUGGUCCUCGGCGCGGGCUGGCAGUACAUCUCCGCGGACCUCGCGGACCUCACGGCCAAGGCCUUCGGCGUGGCCUACUUCUCCACGAUCCAGGUCCGCGUCAACUCGAGCUGCCGCCUCUUCCGCCUCUACUUCGCCGGCCGCGAGUACGCGGACAUCGAGCUCCCGCCGUUCCUGCGCCUCCUCCAGGAGUAG